UCUAUUUACAGUAGGUUGUGAGCGGAUCAAGUGUAUCCGUUCAGGUUAAAGCUGGAUCUCACUGUAACUAAAAGCUUUUCCGAGGUGGAUUUUAUGUAAUUAACAAACUAUUUUGUCCAAUAUUUAUUAGCUAUUCCUCGGCGGAACGUUUUUAUUCGUCUCGUUUCAUCUGCUGAAGCUGAAGAUCCAGGAAAAAGAUGUCUUCGGAUGAAGACAGAGCGAAGGAGAUUAUGAAGGGGUUUAAACUAAACUGGAUGAAUCUUAGAGAUGCAGAGACAGGGAAGGUUCUCUGGCAGGGAACUGAAGACCUCUCUCUUCCUGGGGUAGAACAUGAAGCUCGGGUUCCUAAGAAGAUCCUGAAAUGUAAAGCUGUCUCCAGAGAGCUGAAUUUCUCUUCAGUAGAAAAACUGGAAAAAUUCCGACUGGAACAAAAAGUUUUCUUUAAAGGCCAGUGCCUAGAAGAGUGGUUUUUUGAGUUUGGCUUUGUGAUUCCUAAUUCUACAAACACAUGGCAGUCUUUGAUAGAAGCUGCACCAGAGUCACAGAUGAUGCCUGCAAAUGUCUUAACUGGUAAUGUUGUUAUAGAGACCAAGUUUUAUGAUGACGAUCUUCAUGUCAGCACAUCCCGGGUACGACUCUUCUACGUCUGAGACAUGGAACCUUUAAAUUAUUAUUUUUUUUUUUUACUGUCACUCCAGAACAUGGACCCAUCACUACAAGUCUGAAUAGCCAGAGGAGACACU